CAUAUAUAAGCUGUCGUGUCAAUCAAACUUCAUUUAUCGUUCAGAUCUAAAAUAUCGGAAUCUACUAUAGUACAGUGUACUAUGAUCAAAAUGAAGUGAUGAACGUCUCAUAAUGGAACCUCGAAGUCUUGGUCCUCCUGCUCGACAUGUCUCCCCUGUCACAGUAACAUACAGUACAGUUACAGCAGCAGGAAGUCAGCAAGGACCAGUAAUACCUCACCCCCAGAACUGUGGUGGUCAGCCUCAUUCGAGUUUCCCUCGAGUAAAUUUAAUAGAGCAGCAAGGGCAGACAACUGCACAGAUAACUUUUCAGCAACAAUGGCAACAACAACAAUACUCAAUGGGUGGACAAAAUCAGCGAUUAUCACAAAAUCAAAAUGAAGUCUAUAUGCCGUCUCAGCAACCCAACUUUAAUCUGCAUUUGAUAAACGUUUCAAGACCAGCUGUACCACAGCCCCAGAACUAUGGUGGUAAUCCUUAUUUGGGCAUCCCUAAAGCAAACUUUCUUCCGCAGCAAGGGCAGACAACUGCACAGCAAGCUUCGAAGCAACAAAGGCAACAACAAUACUUAAUGAAUGGACAAAAUGAUCUUUCAGCACCAAACCAAUAUGAGGUUUAUACACCUUUUCAGCAGAAAAGCUUUAAUCAGCAGAGGAAAAACAGUUCAAGACCAGCAUUGGUUUCUGAUCAGAACUAUGGUGUUCAGGAUCUUUUGGGCUUCGACAGCGGAAGCAAAAUCCAGCGAAUAGAGGAGCCAACUGCACAAACAACUUCAAAUCAUCAACAGCAUCAACAUCAGCUUCAGUAUCAACAACAAUUAAUGAAUGAACAAAUGGCUCCACAUGAAAAUAAAGCUUAUAUGUCAUACCAGCAGCCACACUCAAAUCAGGAGUUGAGAACCCCUUUAGGACAAGCAGUAUUUUAUCCUCAAUAUAAUGGUGCUCAGGCUCCUUGGGGUCUACAUUCAUUUAUCCAGCAGAAUGGACAUACAACACUACAACCAGCUCUUCAGCAACAGCAGCCAUAUCAGCAACAUCGGCAUCAGUACUUUAUGAAGGGACAAAAUGAGCGAAUGACACCACAUCAGAAUGAUGCUGCUAUGCCUUCUCAAGGGCCAAAAUUUGAUCAGUUUAUGACAACUUUUUCAAAAUUAGAUCGAAGAUGGGAUUCUUUAGACUGCAAAACACGACAACUUUUCCCACCCUCAAGUCAAUUAGAUUGGUCUAUGGAAAACAUGUCUACCUCCGCAGCUAUUCCUAUGGAAAACCUGUCUGCUUCUCCUGUAUAUCCUAUGGGAAACAUGUCUGCCUCUCCUGCUGUUCCCAUUGGAAACAUCUGUACCUCCAGUGAUGUUCCUAUGGGAAGCUUGUAUACCUCUCCUGCUAUUCCAAUGGGAAACAUAUCAGUCACACCUGCUGUUCCAAUAGGAAACAUGUCUGCAUCACCUGCUGUUCCCAUGGGAAAUAUAUCUACCUCCCCUGUAGAUCCUAUGGGAAACAUGUCUACAUCUCCAUCUGGUCCUACAGGAAACCUCUCCGCCUCUCCUGCUGACUCUAUUGGAAACGAUCAUAGAAUUCUACACGACCUUAAUCAAAGACCUUGUAGUCAACCUUUAAAUCUAGUUGAUGACAGUUGUUCACAGUUUCCGAUAAUGACCGAAAAGAGAGAGUAUGGAGAUAGUAUCGGAGAGAACGAAAACAUCAUCCUUGCAAAACGCCCCAAAACAGAUGUAGACACAGAUCGUCUUUGUUCUUCUGUAAAUAAUCAGGAUUUGUCUGGGGAUGACAGUGGGCGUCUGGAUUCCAGAAACAAUAAAGAUCCAUUAUCAGAUUUGACAAAGGAACAGCACGUCGUUCUCUACACUUUCUUCUUAUGUCAGGACUCGGACGGUGACGUCGAAAUCAGGAACGCAGACUCUGUGGGUGACAUUGAUAUCAUGACGAUAGUGAAGGAGCUAGAGAACAAGGGACUGGUGAUUGAGGGUUUUAACAGUCGGUACAAGAGAAUUCCAGAUGAUAAAAAAUCUAUGAUAAUGAAAUCCUACAGAGAAAACUGCCUGCUAAGUGAGAUAGACAAGGACUUCUUCAUACAGGUUGCCUCAGAUAAAACCAUAGAAACAUAUGCUGAAGUGUACUGUCGUCAUGGAGAUGGUCCCAGAGAAUCAGAAGACAUCGGUCCUAUAACAGCGAUGAGACUGAUUGUGGAGGGUCGCGGACUCAGGUUACCCGACUCUGUACGAGAUGAAGUUUUUAAGUGUCUCAUAAAGGACGAGAAGGAGUUUGGGAUGUUUGUAAAGUUUUGGUGCAAAGCAAGAAAUACAGACCCUAUAACAUUGUCAGACCAAAUUCCUGAUGAGAAAGUUAUAAACUUUUAUUCUGCCUUCACCAUCCUUUCGGAAAUAAAAAAUGAGUUAAUGGAAAUGCAUUUAUCAAAGAAAAAAUGGAGCACAUUGGUAUCCAUACUUUUGUCAGAGGAAUAUUUUGUUUGUGAAAAUAUACCAUGGGAAGAAAAACGAAAAAAUAUUCAACAAACAUUUAAAGCAAUGCAAGAUGGUAAGGAGGAAAAUACAGAAGAAGAUUUGGAAAUCCUAAAGGAAUUGGAACAUUGUGAUAAAUUGUUAACUGUAGAUAAAGAGAACAAUACAGUGUCAUUUGUAUCAGAAGAGAUCCGACAUCAGGUGAUGGGUUACUUUGUUUUAAAUUGCUUAGAAAGUAAGGGAGAUUAUGAGAACUACCUAAAGCUAUCCUCAGUGAACUCAAUAUUUGAAUAUGCCCGCCCAUUGACGUACGAGAGGAGAAUGACAGAACGCUGUAUGUACCUACCAUAUAUGAUAGAAGAGUUAUUUGUAGACAGACUUGGUGUAGAUGCCAUACAGUUUGCAGCUAAUAAUUACAAUUUAAGUAUUGUAAUAUCUUCAAAACUACAUAUACCAAGAGAAGUGCUAAAAUGGGACUAUGAUGCUCGAUGCAGAUACAUAGCAUGUGCUAAGAAAGGAACCCAAACAAUGCAUAGAGCUCGUGCAAUGAUUGUUGGUUGUGCGGGAGCUGGAAAAACUACUCUUUUAAAGCGACUACAGCAGCGAAGUAUUCAAGAGUUACGACAAAUACAGUCGACCGUAGGACUGGAGGUGUACGAAAACUUAUUUGAUAUAGACAGGGAUCGUAAAUGUUUAAAAGGUCUUGAGGAAGAUGUUGAUACAGAAAAUAAGUGCCUACUAAGUGUUGUGGAUUUUGCUGGACAAUGUGCGUAUUACGCAUGUCAUCAGGUCUAUCUCAGCAGAAGGGCUUUCUAUCUUCUUGUGAUCGAUAUGUCAAAAAGGUUUGAUGAAAAAGUUGAUCAAGCAUUGUGUGAACAGGAAGGAACCAUGUUUUCAGACUGGACAUUCGGACAAUAUGUCAUUUUUUGGUUGAAAUCUAUCCAUACCUACUGCGAAGAUGACACUCAAGUUGUUACCCUAGGAACCCAUUCUGACGAAGUGAAAAAUAUGUUUAACAGAUCAAUUUAUGAUGAUUUGCUGGAGCUUUUGAAGAAUGAGCCUGAUCUGAAGAAACAUCUUGAUCGAGAACGCUGCUUCCAUAUUGGGUUUCCUAAGGAUGAUUGUGAACCAUUAGAUAAACUUACCGAUGUAGUAGAAUGCAUUGCUUCUAUUGCUUUGGAAGAUCGUUGGAGAGAGAAUAUUCCGAAGGAUUGGGCAUAUUGUGAAGUAGUUUUAAGACAAAACAAGCAAAGUGGGAAAAAAUGUAUCUCACUUACAGAUUUUAGAAGACAGGUUUCAAUAAAAAAAAUUGGAAAAGAAAAGGAGACAUUUGAUGUGCUGCGGUUUUAUCAUGAUAUUGGGGUAAUUUUAUAUUACAACGAAGUUCACUUGAAAAAGAGCACAAUAACUGAUGUUCAAUGGUUUGUAGACUGUUUUAAGUAUAUAAUAACAGAUCCAAAGCAUGCCAGGGAUCUUGUUAAGAAUGACAAAGACUGGACAAACUUUUUUAAAAGUGGUUAUCUAUCUGAAGAACUACUGAAGGGAAUUUGGAAAAAGAAAAAAAUGGACGCAAGGAAAUGCAUUUCUACGUUAAAGUACAUGCAACGCCUUGGUUUGCUUGCUGUAGGUAAAGAUGCACACUAUGUUCCCUGUAUGAACAAACUAGACUUUGGAGAGCAUUUAAAAUGUUAUAUUACACACUUAGAACAAAAAACAUCUUUUUUAGUCUUCAAUUUCCGAUUCCUGCCCUAUUUCUUUUAUUUCCGUCUCAUAGUAGCCUGUAUAGUCAGCACAGAGUGGACUAUUAUUGAAGACAAUGGACAGAAGUGUUUGUUUAAAAAUAUCGCUUUAUUUAAGUUUAAAGAACACUUGAUAGGUGUAGCAGUUACAACAUCAACGAUACAGGUUCAAAUAUUUAGACAGGGAAUUAAGCAGCUCAUUGGAGAAAUUACGAGGAAAAUAAAAAAAACGAUGGAAUGUAUCCUUGAACAUUUGACGAAAAACUUCCACAAGAAAACACUGUAUGAGAUCGGAUAUCAGUGUUCAAAGCAAGACGUUACUGAAGAAGAUGAUCUAGGCUUUAUUUCAGAGCAAAAGUUGGUUGGUAGAGGAGAAUUUAGUUGUCCAAAUCAUGGACUGGAGAAUUAUCAUGUCAUAAAAGAAAAGGAACUGCUUCUCUUUUGGAAAUAUGAUUCUGAAAACAAAGCCAAUCAAGAGGACUGCACAAAUGCACCCGUCGGAAAAUCACCAAGUCAAAAUUACGACAAAUUUACAAAACUGAUAGAUAUGGCCAGAAAAUCGCUUCAAAUUUAUUUCGACAAGAUUUUCCCUUCAAAAGACAUUGUCUCAAUAUUCACGAAAAACAAAGUCGAUAUGGAACAUGGGCAAUACAAAUUCAAUAAAGAUCAACUGGUUAUUCUAUUUCCGACCAAUGGGACUAGUCCAUCUUCUUCAGCGUUUGACGUGACGAUUAUGUAUAAACUAUUGAGAAACUACGGACUAAAUGUUCAGGAGCCACUGGUAGGCUGGGGGAACAAACCAGAGGUAGGAAAGAAAAGUGAAACGGAUGAUGUCGAACGAAUACGACAUUACAGAAACAUGGUGGUACAUCAAACAGACAAAACAAUGGAGCAAGAGGAACUGGAUAUUUUCUGGAAGGAUUUAUCUCAGGCAAUAAUGAGACUCAGUGAUGGGACUUUGGAAAAAGAAAUUAAAGCUUUGAAGAUGCAGAAAUAGGGUUCAUGAGAAACGGAUAUAUUUCACAAACAUCAGUGAUUAAAAAGGGGAUGCAUCCUGAUGCAGAGAGGAGAACCAUUGAUAUCUAAGUUAAACCAAUUCACGACGACAAACUGAAAUAAGAAAUUUCUGUGUUAUUUUACAUUAAUAGCGCUACCCCCGUUCGAGAAAGAGUUU